AUGCAACAAGUAUGUAAUAAGUUUGUUAUGGAUAUGACUGAUACACGAAUGGGACCAGAACAAAAGUGUCGUAAUUGUCAAUUCAUGAAAAAAGAACAUAGUUAAAGCAAUUCUCAAUAGCUUCCAUAAACAGAAUCAGGUCAAAACAAAAUAUCAGACAUAAUGAAAAAAUUUUCUGGACCCAAUAAUCAAGUUUAAGAUAAGUUUUAAGGAGCAGUGAAAACAAGUGUCUAGUUGAAAAAACAGGAAGAAAAAAUUCCACCAUAAUCUACAGCGAAUUAAACAGAAAGUUAAUCGUAGUAAUAGAAUUUCCCAAUAAGAAAAAUUGAUAGCUAAACCCUAUCCAAUGACACUCCUGUGCAGAAUAAAAAUUAGCCAUCAUUGAAUAAAUAGCCAUCGAAUACAUCUAAUUAGCAAUCUAAUGCUGGAAAUCAACAGCCACAGAAAUAACAGGCUCAAAUAGAGACUGCCCCUGUUUAAACUAAACUUUCUAAUAAUCCUUUUUUGUAGAAUGACAAAUCUUAAAAAAAAGAAGUGACGUUUGUUAAGCCAGCUCCAAAAACUGGAGAGGAGUCUAAAUAAUCAUAAUAGACAGUUCAGGAUAAAAUUGGAUAACAGACAGAAGAAAAAAAUAAUGUUGUUUCUGAGGAUUAAAACUAAAAAUCUAAUUUUUAAGAAAUUAAAAAUGCUUUCGCAAAGCAAUCCCCUCUCAUUCAAAAUGAUUCAACUGCAGGAUCUCAAUAGUCUCCAACUAAAUUAUAAAAUGGAGGUAAUAAAUUAUAAGGAAAUCAAACAAAUAUCCCAAUUUUUCGAUUUGGUCCUCCUCCUGUUAAUAGACCUUCAAUUCAAUAGGAUCCUGAAUCUUGCAUAGAACAAUAGUUAUUAGAUAGGCCAACAAUCUAAUAAAAAAAUAAAAGAACUGUUCAAGAGUUCACAGAUUUUAAUUGA